AUGCCAUACACGGGAGAGCAACAGGACAAGCAAGCGGUGACUGUAACUUCUGCACGCUAUGUCGACAUGAUACGCAAUUUCUUUGGUCCUCAACUGCAACAAUGUGAGCAUUACAACCGGCUGACAUGGUUCCAGCAAGACAGGGCCACAUCGCACACCACUAACAACUCUUUAGCAGCAUUGCACGAGUUGUUCCCCGAAAAGGUGAUUUCACGAAGAGGUGAUAUUGAGUGGCCGCCUCGGAGCCCUGAUUUAACCCCACCUGAUUUUUUCUUGUGGGGUUAUCUCAAGAGCGUGGUCUAUGAGAACAAUCCACAAAAUUUGAUUUUUGAAUUGAUGCCGCACCCUCCUUACUCUCCAAACCUAGCCCAGAGUGACUAUUUUAUGUUCCCUAACCUCAAAAAAUGGCUUGGCGGUAAGAGAUUUGCGGACAAUGAAGAAGUAAUCGAAGCUGUAAAUGGUUAUUUUGAGGAGCUUGACGAAUCAGUCUAUAGAGAUGGCAUUAAUAGACUGGAACACCGCUAUGAAAAAUGUAUCAGCCUUGGAGGAGAUUAUGUUGAGAAAUAA